GUCUGUUGUUCGCAGCCUGUGUGAUGUACAGAUAUUUCAAUGAAUGAACGCUUGGCUGACUGCGAAGGGGAGCAGGAGGAGAUAUUCCACUGGGAAUGAAGCGCCUCCCCUUUAAUCGCUCGGUUGAGUUUCUCUCUCUUCACUCGCACGUUUGCCGUCAGUCGCUGGAGGAACUCCGGUGGAUCUCACUGCUUGUGCGUUGUAGUAGAAGAGAAAGAGGAGCUCUUUCUCUCUUUUUACGAGCUUCUGUGGAUUGAAAAGUGGAAGGCUUUGUCACUCUUUUGUGUCGUUUUGCUGCCAUCGACAUGAAAAAACGCGGAAUAAAGCGUUCAAAGUGGCUGAAGGACUGAAUUGGUUCGCCUCCUGCUCUCACUCCAGCACACAGCAGCAACAUUUGGAAUCCGGACUGCGAUGGCCAAGUGGCUGAAAGACUACCUGAGCUUUGGCAGGAAGGUUCCUCCUCAGCCGCCCACUCCAGACUACACAGAGAGCGAGAUCCUCAAAGCUUAUCGGCUCCAGAGGGACCUCGACUUCGAAGAUCCCUAUGAAGACCCUGAGAACAGAUCCAGGGGAGAGUCUGGGACGUGUGAUCCAGCCACGCCGGUUUACGGAUCCCCCAUGAAGUCAUCCGGAGUGGACAUGAAGUCUCCCAAACACAGACUGAUCAAAGUGGACUCCCAGGAAUUGGGGCGCACCAAGAUCCUCCUCAGUGCCAUUUCUUUAGAGGACCAGCAAGAACCCGUGGUGCCGUCUGCCGCUGGCGGGCGACACAGUUAUUCUGACCCGUUUGACGCUCGACUGGACCACCGCACAGAACGAUCUCAACCUGUUCCCUGUGAGAACAACGGCUACAUGGAGCCAUAUGAAGCUCAGAGGGUCAUUACAGAACUGCAGCGCGGCACAGGAGGAGGACGUGCACGAGGAGGGGUGCAGCUCUACGACACCCCCUAUGAAGACGAACGAGGCCAGAGAUUGGGCUUGAUGUAUGGAGAAGCUCAGGAGGAGGGCAAGGAGAGCAGCAGGCUGCCGCAAGACGAUGAGAGACCGGCCGACGAGUACGACCAGCCCUGGGAGUGGAAGAAGGACCACAUCUCCAAAGCUUUUGCAGAAAUGAGGGAGUUGUCGGAGUUGCCCUGGCCUGCCCCGGUGGGUCAGCUGGAGGAGGAGCCCCCCGCCAGAGAGCAAGUGCAGUUCGAUGGCGCAGAGUGGGAUCGAUCCUCGUCGCCCACGGAGCGGUUGCGCCCACCGGGGCCCAGGUCCAGCCCGCUGGCGGGCGGCGGGAUGAAGUUUCGAAUGCCGCACGAAGGCCUCGCAUUGGUGGGGGAGCGUGACCCGAGUCUGCCUCUGGAGAAGCAGGUGUGGUACCACGGUUCUCUGUCACGUUCGGAGGCAGAAUCGUUGCUGACGCUGUGCAAAGAGUGUAGCUACCUGGUGAGGAACAGUCAGACCAACCGCUCCGACUACUCGCUGUCUCUACGGAGCUGCCAAGGUUUCAUGCACAUGAAAUUCACCCAGUGUAAAGACGGAAAGUACAUUCUGGGACAGAACAGCCCCCCAUUUGACACCAUCCCAGAGGUCAUACACUUCUACACCACACACAAACUCCCCAUCCGAGGCGCCGAGCACCUUUCCCUGCUCUUCCCUGUGCUGGUUCAGACUCUCUGACUGACCUGGACGCUCCUCCAGGAUUUCAGACACUGAAAACAUGAAUGUUUGACGGGAUCUUCCCAGCGCUCUCUUCUUGUUUAACUGGACUACUUUCGAUGAGGGUCUCGUGCCCUCACCCACCACUGCUGUCAUACAUGUGCCAAGUGUCUCUAACAUGCGGGGGAUCGAUUCACAGGAAAUGCAAUACCUGAACUUUAGGCACCUUUGCUGUAACUCUCCUUUUCAUUCUCCUUGCUAAACCAAGGGGGGUGACUUCAGGACAUCUAUAAAUUUCCAUUUGAUUGCAUUUUUUCCCCCAGAAAUACAGCGGAUUUAGGCAGAGCUGGACCUGGGAGAAAGUCUGAAAUUUCUGAAUGUACUGGUCCCCCAGUUUGAAGACGACUGGCAGAAGACUGAGAUUAAAUUACUGCUGUUCCACAGAAACCACCUCAUUGUUGCUGGUGAAAAUAUUGCUGUUGCUAGGUGAAAAUCAUGCAAGUCGUAAUCAGGGUUUUCCCGACCUUUAAGUGUUAGCAGCAACAUCUAAAUGGUUUCAGUUGAAUGAACAGAGAAUCUAUACUGAGAGUUCACCACUUUGGAGGAAAAUGAUAAUGUCAUAGUUUUGGCUACAGAAUUGGGUGUUCAGAUAUUUUCUUUGAAUGGACUAUUCUUGUUUUGUAGCCUUAAAGAUGGAAUUUGCUAUUCUGGAGAAAGAUUUUGAUAUUUAGAAAAUUAGCAAAUUUAGCUAGCAUGUGACAGAUUCCCUCUCUUGGGAUAUUUACAUAUGGACUAAAGUGUUAAGUGUGUUGAUCAUUUACAGAUCCAGGGCAAUGUGCAAACAAGAAUAUGGCCAAAAUGACAAUCCUAAUGAUUUUCAUUAAUAUUUACAUCUAAAAUAUUAAUUGCAAUUGUUCAUUGAAAUAUUUUUUUUCCAUGCUCGCAUACAAAUAACACAUUGCUACUUCCACUUCAUUGUUGGGCUACACUCAUGCUAAUGUACAAGUUUAUGUAUCAAAAACAUAUUUAAAAAUCAGGUUAUUCACAUUAACUCAAAAUAUAAAUUUAAUUUUACUUAAACACCCUCAGUUGCUUCACGUGUUACUCGACAGAUGAUGCAAUUUACCAAUGUUCCCCAAACGCUUCAUAUGCAGGCUACAGUUGUGCACAGAGAAGCUUGUAGUCUCCACUCAGUUACUGCAGCUCAGACAGAUGUUUCACCAAAAAUUACUUUGAAAAGAGUGAAAUGGGGUGUUGUAAUGUCAGAUUUACCCAGUUUGAAACCAGAUGUUUUUAUCUACGUGGGCUGUUGCCUAUAAAUCAAGCAAUUUCACAGUCGUUCAUGUUAAUUUAGUUGUGAGAAGCAAAACUUGUGAUUCAUACUUUAUACUUUGAUUAGUUGUGCGACCAUGACAGAUGUCAGAUUUUAUUUUCAGCAUGUGCUGAACAGUCAGCUGAUUUUUGCUGGAACCUGUAUUGAAUCUAAAUUGCUUACUCCACCUUUAAUGCUGCUAGGCUAACCGUCUCUAGUGAUUCUUUCUGAAUAAAUCAGGACUAAAAGUUUAUGAUUAGCCCAGUUUAAGCUGCAGGAGACCGUGAAUGCUCUUGCGAUGUGUUUUGUUGCUGCAGAGGAAAUAGAUUCAUAAUGAGCAGAGAGAAAAUCGGCUAUCGAAAAUGAUGAGCUCAAAAAGGAAAAAAAAAAGCCCAAAAAUGCUAAUGCACCCCCUCCACACACAGCCCCAGGCCGCUCCAGAAUACCAAGGGAAAACCCUGAUAUUGUGCUGAUUUUUCAUGUUUGUACCAGAGUCAAUAAAUUAAAUUGUACUGUAUAAGAUGAGAAAACCUUUUUCACCCUCAGGCUUGGGAAGACCUAUUUGUAAAUGCUGGAAGUUUCAUGUUGCAGACAACAAUGCUGUUUAUGUCACACACAAAAAAGAAAAAAAAACUAUUUUCAAAGAUGAAAGGUUUCUACCAACAGCAGUUAUAUUUCAGAUGCUUUUCUACACACACCUGUUUAUUUCCAUCCGGUCUGUCCUUUACCGUUUUCUGAGGAUUUGCUUGACACAUCUCCAUGUUACUUGUUGAUUGUGCAUCAUAAGCAACAAAGAAGUUGUGUUGUAUUGGUACUCGUGUCAACAUUUCUGACCUUCUUUUCUCAUUUCUCGCCUAUGUUUUAGACAAUGCUGGGUUUGGUCAAAGCAAAUAGUCACUGCUGUUGUUGUCCCUUGGCUUAUAGAUAAGAUAAGCUCAGGAGCUCUGGGCUACAUGUGAAGCAAAGAGAACGAACUCUCAAACAAGCCCUCAAACCUUCUGAAUGUUAUUUAUUUCAGUGCAGAUGCUAGUCGUGAGUUGUAUUUGAGUUAAAGGCUUGCCAUCUGGAAUGGUUUCUGCUGCCUGGUUGCAGCAUUGUGUUGGUGAAAAGUGAUUUUAGGGAAACGACGGCACAUUUAUGACCAUCAGAAAUGACUAAAUUAAUUUAAAUAAGUUUUUCUAUAUCCCAGCAUGAAAAAUGGCAGGUUUCACAAUGUACCUGCUGCUAAAGUGUUCCGAGUUUAAUGUGUAUUUUCAUAAAGACCUAUGGUUCCCAAUCUGAAGGACGAUUUAGAAAUAAUAAAAAACUAAAUUACGAUACUCAAUAUCAUGUUUGUUUAUAAGAUUUUUGCCGGCUUCUCGUACAGUACGGUCCAUUUUUACCUCUUGGUUGCUGAAAAUGAUUCAAAAACAACUGAAGAAGAGAAAGUAGUUAAACUGCUUACAACUUAUAGAUGUGAAAUCUGUGAGUAGCGAUGGCAAGAACUGGAAUGACAGGGUCACAUGUAUUAAAGGUUGGGAAAACAA